AUGCAGGAGGUGGUGAAGAAACGGCCGAUAAUCUCUGCUAGAGAAAGAGGUCCAGGUCCUGGUCGUUACUCCCUCCCUCCUACAGUUGGAUACAUGAACCAUGACUUCACGAAGCCCAGCAGCCCCGCCUACUCCUUCCACAGCCGCAUGAGCAGCGCCUUGUUCUCUGUGGACUCCAGUCCAGGACCGAGGUACCACAUCGAUGCUAAGGUGACCCGCUUCGGCCGGAUGGAGACGCCGUCCUACUCCAUCCUGGGCAGAGGGAGACGCCCCGCCAAUACCUUCCAGACUCCAGGCCCUGGGGCCUACAGCCCAGAGAAGGCUCCACCUCUCAACGCUCAGCGCAGACCGCCAUCCUACACCAUCAGCUCCCGCACCAGAUACCGCUCCACGGAUGCUAUCCCCGCCCCCAACAGCUACUGCCUCCCCAGUCUGCUGGGCCAGCAGGUCCCUAAUAAACCGUCCAGCGCCAGCUUCAGUUUCUCUGGGCGGAGGAAGGUGGGCGCUCCGUCUGAGGACCUCUCCAUGAGCCCCGGGCCGGCCCGCUACGACACCACCAACCCAGACAUCUACCACCAGCGCCAGCCCUCCUUCUCCAUCCAGAAACGGACGAAGAGGCCCAACUACUCCUCGGCCAUCCCCGGACCAGGAGCCUACAGCCCCGAGAAGUUCCACACCCACCUCCCCAAACCCCCGGCCUUCACCCUGGGGGUCCGGCACUCAGAGUUCGUCACCCCGCUGGUGGUCGACGUCAUCGACUGA